ACAGUUCGCGCAGUGUAGGAGCAGCUCUCCCCGCGCUCCGUGAACCCGUGACUCACGUGACUAUAUAUCGCAUGUCCCCGCGCCGCGCAGAGAGCGAAGUGAAUGCCCGGAAUGAGAGCAGCGACGUUAUCUUGCGCAGCAGCGACUACGUUCGUUCCUCACACUCUCCCCUCCUCUCUGUCUCUUCUAGAGCAAUAAUAAAGCACAGCUAAAGCGAGACGUCCGUUAGAGCCUCCGGAUGCAGCGUCGUAAUCGCCGAGGAGGCACUUGUACUUUUUUUCGCCCCCGGAGUGGCUGCUGCUCAAGAUUGACUAAGCCCGGCCGUCCCGGAGGAAGCGCCAAACAUGAGUGCUGGGAAGAACGAGUGGAAGUACUUGUUUAACGAGACCAAGAUCGACUGCGAGAAUGAGGGCAGUGCCCUCCAGGAGCUCAACAGGCCGCAGGAGGGCCAGGACGAGGGGGGACUCAGCAGCUGCGUCAUCGGCAUCGACGGGAUGACGUGCAUGUCCUGCGUCAACAGUAUUACAGGGAUGCUGUCCGGUAAGAACGGAGUGGAGAAGGUCUACGUCAGCCUGGAGACGCACGAGGGCACUGUCUCCUACGAUCCCAAGCUGAUAACUCCCCAGGAAAUCGCGGACAUCGUGGAGGAUAUGGGCUUCGGAGCGGUUGUUAAGAAAGUAAACAACGACGUUCUCAUCAACAAUGUAGACACCGUGGCACUUACGAUAAAGGAAGGCUCGCCAGCCAAGGUUAGCAAAAAGUCCUCCCCACGUAAGGAAUGCAUAGAGAGGUGCUUCCUUCACGUGGACGGUAUCACCUGCAAUGCCUGCGUCACUGCGAUAGAAAAACACUGCAAGAAGUUGGUAGGUGUGAAGAAUGUUUUGAUAUCAUUCAUAAGCGGCAAGGCUGAGAUCGAUUAUGACAGCAAUGAAAUUCGACCCGCUGACAUAGCAGCCAGCAUAACAGAGCUGGGCUUUCCUGCGCUGCUGAUUAAUGAGAAAGGCUCGCAGAUAAAGGAGGUGGAAAUGCAUAUCACGGGGAUGACUUGUUCAUCCUGCGUCAGCAAGAUAGAGAAGACUGUCAAACAGCUUCCCGGAGUGCAGUCUGCUAUGGUGUCUCUGGUGACGCAGAAGGGCAAGAUCAACUAUGAUCCCAGUAAAAUCAGCGCUGACGAGAUAACGGACUGUGUGAAGAAGAUAGGCUUCGGAGUGUCAACAAAGAGGAACGAAACAGAAAAUAGACAGUAUUUGGAUCACAGAUUACAGAUUCAAAAAUGGAGAACCUCCUUCCUGGUCUCGCUUGCAUUUGGAGCACCCAGUAUGAUAGCGAUGGCAUAUUUCAUGAUAACAAUGUCUUACAUGGAGAAAGAAGAGGACAUGUGUUGCGUACUUCCUGGAUUAUCUUUAGAGAAUUUAAUUUCGUUUAUACUUUCAACGCCGGUACAGAUCUUUGGAGGGUGGCACUUUCAUCUCCAAGCUUACAAAGCCGUUAAACAUGGGACAACAAACAUGGACGUUCUUAUCUCAAUGACUACCACAAUAUCCUACGUUUAUUCUGUGCUCGUUCUUGUCACAGCAAUGAUAAUGGAAGAAACCACUAGUCCCAAAACAUUUUUCGAUACACCCCCUAUGCUCUUAGUUUUUGUAAGCUUGGGAAGGUGGCUCGAGCAUAUUGCCAAAGGGAAAACUUCCGAAGCUCUUUCAAAGUUGCUAUCUCUUCAAGCAGCAGACGCUGUAAUAGUAACUUUAGGUGCGGAUAAUGAGAUUUUAACUGAAAGACUGGUGAAGAUUGAUUUGGUGCAACCAGGUGACAUUUUGAAAGUUAAUCAAGGAAACAAAAUCCCAGUUGAUGGUCAAGUAUAUAUAGGUCAAUCAUCCUGCGAUGAGAGUUUGAUAACUGGCGAAAGUAUGCCAGUUCCAAAAAAAGAAGGUUCCAUUGUUAUCGGUGGUUCUAUUAAUUUAAGUGGGCCUCUGUAUAUUAAAGCAACUCACACAGGAGAGAAAACUACCUUGGCACAAAUAGUGCGUUUGGUGGAAGAAGCACAAAUGAGUAAAGCUCCAAUUCAGCAUAUAGCUGAUAAAAUAGCUGGAUUUUUUGUUCCUUUUGUAAUUUCUGUUUCUGCCUUAACACUGAUUGCAUGGGCAAUCAUAGGUUACAUAAAUAUUGACUAUUUAAUGCUAAUGGGUGAUGAUCAUAUGCAUCAUUCCAACAGAAACAGAGAUGAAGUAAUUUUUCAGAAUGCAUUUAGAAGCGCGCUGUCAGUCUUGGCAAUUGCUUGCCCAUGUGCACUGGGUCUUGCAACACCAAUUGCUGUGAUGGUAGGCACAGGAGUUGGUGCAAUCAAUGGUAUUCUGAUAAAAAGUUCAGAUUCUCUGGAGAAUGCUCACAAAAUCAACUGUGUCGUUUUUGACAAGACAGGAACUAUAACAAAAGGUUUUCCGACUGUUACUAAUAUAGGACUAUUUACCAGUAAUGGUGCAUUUAACAUAGGAAAAAUUCUAGUGAUUAUCGGCAUAGCAGAACUUAAUAGCGAACAUCCUAUUGCAUCCGCAAUAGUUCACUAUGUAAGAGAAGUCAUUGAGACAGAACUGAGUGGACGUUGUUCUAACUAUCUGUCGGUUCCAGGCUGUGGUAUGAAAUGCAAGAUCUCCUUCAUUACAGAUACUCUGAAGAGUGUUGCAAAGUCUUCAAAGAUCACCAGCUUUGUUAAUAACUUGCAAAAUAAUGUAAAAGACCCACUAGAGCUGAAUGAUGUACUGAUUGAUUUUUCUCAAGUCUCACCUGAGCAAGAAACUGCAAAUUCGGAACAGGAGUCGCAGUUUAAUGCCCUAAACGCCGACAAUAGUGAAGUCUACGAAGUUUGCAUAGGAAAUAGAGAAUGGAUGAAGAGAAAUGGAAUCACUAUACCUCAAGAUGUAGAAAACACCAUGAGAAAAGAGGAGGACAUGGGAAGAACGGUAGUUUUAGCUGUCAUAGACGGAGAAUUAUCCGCUAUAAUUAGUGUAUCCGAUGCCAUUAAACCAGAAGCCCAUCUUGCUAUUUACACCCUUAAAAAAAUGGGAUUCGAGGUCAUACUCUUAACAGGUGAUAACAGACUAACUGCUAACACAAUAGCUCAACAAGUCGGUAUAGAGCAAGUUUUCGCCGAAGUAUUGCCGUCUCACAAAGUAGAGAAGAUUCAGCAGCUGCAGAAACAGGGAAAGAAGGUAGCGAUGGUCGGCGACGGCGUCAACGAUAGUCCUGCUCUAGCUCAAUCAAACGUCGGUAUAGCCAUAGCUGCUGGAACAGAUGUAGCUAUUGAAGCAGCUGACAUAGUUUUAAUGAGGAACGAUUUACUGGACGUCAUUGCCUGCAUCGAUCUCUCAAGAGAAACGGUCCGGCGCAUAAGAUUGAAUUUUUUGUACGCCAGCUUGUAUAAUAUUUUAGGUUUACCCAUAGCUGCUGGAAUAUUUACUCCAUUAGGUUUAAGAUUGCAACCCUGGAUGGCGACCGCGGCCAUGGCACUUAGCUCGGUCUCGAUAGUGGGAAGUUCUCUGCUCCUGAAACUGUACAAGAAACCUACGCGAGAACGACUGGAGAACCAGGAAUACAAGAGAAUAGCAAGAUUUGCAAAGAGAAACAUGCAAAUGAUCGAUAAUCCGACGAAAGCGUCCAUCAAUGGAUCCUCACUGAGUUUGUCAAAAAUAAGAUAUAGCAAUUUAAGUAACCAUUGACUGACUGAAAAAAAUAAGAUGUACAUACGUAUAAGCAAAUACAAAUUUAAAGAAUCCAAAACUGUAAAGACAGUGCAAAAGAAACCAAGGAAUCAGAUACAUUGACUGUACAAAGGACCUGCCAAUAUUUACGAUGGAUGAAGAUGAAGACAAAAUAGCUGAAUAUUCUAUACGUAGUAUAAAAACAAAGUUUUCCAAGCCAACUUUUUUUAUACAUUUUUUGAAGAAUGUCUCGUUUAUUUGUUUCAUUUGUAAAAAUAUGUCUGAAUGGAAAAAUACUUUUUUUAUCUGUAAAUUGCUAAAGCAUUUGAAUAAGACAUACUUAGUUAUAAGACAACAAUGUGGCUGUACAUUUUUCAUAAUAGUAGAUAUAUCUAUUUUCAAAUAUCUAAUAUUCUGUAAUAUAUAAAAUAGUAUACUAUAUUGUUAAACACGCAAAAUAAGAGGAAAACUGGAUGAAAUUUUCGUUUGUGUAAUAUUAUUUAAUAAUAAAUAGUAAAAUUUAUUUUUAUA